UCUCUCUCUCUCUUUCCAUUUCACGCAUUCAUUAGUACACAUAGCAAACCUACUUUCUUUCGCUUUUCUCUCCACUAACACAAAAAGACUCUCCAUUCACUACCCUUUUGCUUUUCGUGUUUUUGGAUUGUUCUACUUCUACAUCCAAAAAACAAAAAAAAAACAUAAAGAUGAUCCAAGAACUGUUGGGUGGUGCUAGCUUCAUAUCAGGAGAAAGGAAAAUCUCCAUUAACGGAGAAGCUCUACUAACACACACACCCUCUCCUAGCUCUCUUCCUUCUUGCACAGCAAGCGUUACCACCACUUCUACAGCUAACGCCGCCGCCACUACCACCACCACCACCACUGCUGCUGCCUCAUCAAAUUCAGAAAAUCAAAACUUGAGGUGCCCGCGAUGUGAUUCGUCGAACACAAAGUUCUGUUACUACAACAACUACAACCUCACUCAGCCUCGCCACUUCUGCAAGACAUGUCGCCGUUACUGGACCAAAGGAGGUGCUCUCAGGAAUGUUCCGAUCGGAGGUGGCUGCCGGAAAAACAAGAGCGUCAGCGUGUCCAACUCCGUAGCAAAGGUAAGUGCUACAAAGAUGAAAGCAGUGGCAUCGGAGCUUGGAAGGUCAGGACUUGGUCAUGGUUAUGAUCAUGAGCUUCCACUAACCCCUAUCCUGUGGGGUUCGCCACAAAAUACUCAUCUAUUGGCUUUAAUGAGAGCUAGCCAAAACCAAAACCAAAACCCUAACCCUAACCCUAGUCCCAUGUCCAUUAAUGCUGUUACAGUCAAGGAAGAAGGGAACUUAAUGGGAUCGCAGUCCCACAUGGUGACUGAACCAUUGAUUGGAAAUGGGUUGUUGAAUCCUAGAACCCUAGGCUAUGAUGCUGUUGGACAAGCUCCUUCAUUGGGUCUAUUCAGCUCUUUUUGGAGAAACAAUCAAGAGCAGACACAUCAAACAAAUAAUGGCUUUGUACUUGGAGAACUUCAAAACAGUGGAAUUCAAGAACUUUACCAUAAGCUCAGGUCAUCAUCAGUUAAUUAUUGCAGUGACAGUUCACCAAUAUUUCUGGGAAACAUGGCUUCUUCCCCUUCUUUAUCCAACAUUUUAGAUUCAUCUUCAGUUCAUGGGAGUGAAUUAGGGUGCUGGAAUCCAACCGUUUCUUGGUCUGAUCCUCCCACAACCAAUGGUGCAUACCCUUAACAGCUGAAACUGUUUUUCUCCAUUUUCUUUUCUCAUUAGGUAGAACUCCUUAAUUAAUUUGUAUUUGUAGAGUCUUUUAUUUUGUGGUUGUUUGUUUGCUUUGGUUGUGUGUUUGGUUGAUGUUGUGUUUAGCUUAGCUCUCAAAGGGUAAGAACCAGAGAGUUUCCAUUGACUGGAAAACGUCGUAGUGUUUCUCAAAUGCUUCAUGUUGUUGUUAAAUCUCU